AUGUACAUUAUAAAUUAAAGUUUUAGGUCCCAGCUAUCCUCUGUAUCCUGCAUAAUUCUGAAACCUUCCUAUAAUCUGAUCUUUACUGGAAACUGAGAAAAUUCACAUUCGUGACAUAACUAACAUGGCUAACGGAGCUCUGUUAUUGCUGUCGGUUCGGAGUCUUAGAAGAAUCAAAAAUGAGGUUUUAAAUAGUUUAACUUCAAACAGCAUUCACCUCCAAAAAAUUAUGAGGUUUAUUGUGCUUGCAAUUUUGUCAUUUUUCUCUAACAGGAUUUCUCUCUUUCUUUUUUACUUAAAACACUGAGAGAAUUAUCAUUUUUUCACAAGAAUUAUUUAUUCACUGAUUUCACUUUUGAUUUUUCUUUCACUAUAAUGGGAUGUAUCCACAUUAAUCCAAUUACAUUUGAAAAUGGCGAGAAAUUUGCAAAGGUUAUUUUAAAGAAUUAUUCUGGCACAAUGGCGCCCCCUCCCGCAUACCCCAUUUUUGCAUAUAAAGGACUUUUAUUUUGGUCUGGAGAUAUGAUGUCAUAAGGCUGUGCCAUGCUCCUGCAUCUGUUAUGAUUUGGCUGAAGAAAGUAACCAGGGUGUGAAAGACCAUUAGUUCUCCUUUAAUUUUACCAGUGCACUGAAUACUGAACUAUGGAGUUGUAGCUUGGAUUUAUUUUUCUUUCUGUUAAUUAUUCUCAUCUUAAACAGGACAAACACAGAGAAAAUCUCCUUAAGUAUUGUUAUAAAGAUGGCAUUUAUUAAAGUGGAGAGUGAAGACAUGAAGAUUGAAGAAGUAUUCAGUUUGAAACAAGAAGAAACUGAGGAACAAACAAAGAUGGCGUUUAUUAAAGAGGAGAGUGAAAACAUAAUAAUUGAAGAAACACUCAGAGUAAAACAUGAAGAUACUGAGGAACAACCAAAGAUGGCAUUUUUAAAAGAGAAGAGUGAAGAAACAUUCACAGUGAAACAUGAAGAAACUGAGGAACAAACAGACCUGAUGGCACUGAAAGAGGAGACUGAAGUACUCAAUGAAAACGAAGAAAAAGAUCAAUAUCAGAAUCAUCAUAAUUUCAUAACUGGAGAAAAAACUUUCAGUUGCCUACAGGCUGAAAACACUUCAUCACAAAAAAGAGCUCAAAAUGAAGGAAAAAUCAAUCACUUCAUCUGCCAACAGUGUGGAAAGAGUUUCAAUAGAAAAGGAAACCUUGAAGUUCACAUGAGAGUUCACAGUGGAGAGAAGCCUUUCACAUGCCCUAAGUGUGGAAAGAGAUUCAGUCAAAAAGGACACCUUAAAGCCCACCUGAGAAUUCACUCUGGAGAUCAACCUUACACUUGCCCUCAGUGUGGAAAGGGUUUCAGUCAAAUUGGACGCUUUGAAGACCAUAUGAGAAUUCACACUGGAGAGAAGCCUUACACUUGCAAACAAUGUGGGAAAAGUUUCAAUCAAAAAGGAAACUUUAAGAGGCACAUGAGAACUCACACUAGAGAGAAGCCUUGUACAUACCCUCCCCGUGGAAAAACUGUCAUUCAAAACAGGAACCUUAAAGUUUAUAAGACAACUGGAGAGAAGCCUUUCGUCUGCCAGCACUGUGGAAAAGGAUUUAGUCGAAAAGGACAGUUAGAAGUCCACACAAGAACUCACACUAGAGAGAAGCCUUACACCUGCCAACAAUGUGGAAAAGAAUUCACUCAAAAAGGACAGUUUGAAGUCCACCUGAGAAUUCACACUGGAGAUAAACCUUUAAUCUGCCAACACUGUGGAAAAGGAUUUAUUCGAAAAGGACAGUUUGAAGUCCACUUGAGAAUUCACACUGGAGAGAAGCCUUGUACAUACCCUUUCACCUGCCAGCAGUGUGGAAAAGGAUUCACUAAAAAAGGACAGUUUGAAGUCCACAUGAGAAUUCACACUGGAGAGAAACCUUACACCUGCAAAAAAUGUGCAAAAAGUUUCCACCGUAAAGGAAUCCUUAACCGACAUCUGAAAACUCACAUUGGAGACAUUGAGUGUCGUCACUGUGAAAAGACUUUCAAAUGUAAAGAAUCCCUUAAUUACCACAUGAGGAUUCAUGUAUGAGAGAACAGUUUUAUAUUUCAUCAGUGUGGAAUGAGUUUCACCCUAGGAAUCAUGUAAUAACUCACACCAGAGAGAAGACUUUUUUGUGGAAAUAUACAGUUUCACAUAAGCAUCCUGACUCAGGCAGAGUUGUUUUUCUUUCUUUUGGCUCAUUUCCACCAAACUGUACGGUUCAGGUCAGUUGUCUGAUUCUUGUGGCCUGUACUUUUCUGAUCAGGCACUAUCUCCCAAGUCUUUUUGAAAUGUAUGAUGGGAGCAAAUGGUGAUAGUUCUCAGUGGGGAACUCAGACAUUGCAGAGUCUGCAUGGGUUACAAUUGUGUCUUUGAUCGAUCCAAUCGUUACAAGUGGUUCAGUUCAUGUAAAACAUCUAGUAGCCUAUAAUUCGUUUGCCCUUUUUUUUUUUGCACAAUAAAAUCUUUACUGUUUAAAA